CCCUUCUCGCUCGCCGUCGCCGGCGACUUUAAUGCGCUUGCGCACGUGGUACCUACUAGUGCCAGAGGACGCAUGCUGCCAAGCGAGGCUAACUCCGAGAGCUGGCUACCAGGCAUCCACUAGGGGCAGUCAGCUGUGCCUUGUCUUUCGGAUUUGUUCCGUGCUCCCACGUGCUUCCGCUUCUCCACUGGCUGGGAUCCCGCAGGGUCCGGGCGCAGUAAUAUUUGUUCACCAUGCAUCGGAAAAAGGUGGAUAACCGAAUCCGGAUUCUCAUUGAGAAUGGGGUAGCUGAGCGGCAAAGAUCUCUCUUUGUUGUAGUCGGGGAUCGAGGAAAAGAUCAGGUUGUAAUACUUCAUCAUAUGUUAUCCAAAGCAACUGUGAAGGCUCGGCCUUCAGUGCUAUGGUGUUACAAGAAAGAGCUGGGGUUUAGCAGUCACCGGAAGAAAAGAAUGCGACAGCUGCAGAAGAAAAUAAAGAAUGGAACAUUGAAUGUGAAGCAGGAUGACCCCUUUGAACUCUUCAUAGCAGCCACAAACAUUCGCUACUGCUACUACAAUGAGACCCACAAGAUCCUGGGCAAUACCUUUGGCAUGUGUGUGCUGCAGGAUUUUGAAGCCUUAACUCCAAACUUGCUGGCCAGGACUGUAGAAACAGUGGAAGGUGGUGGGCUGGUGGUCAUCCUCCUACGGACCAUGAACUCACUCAAGCAAUUGUACACAAUGACCAUGGACGUGCAUUCCAGGUACAGAACUGAGGCCCAUCAGGAUGUGGUGGGAAGAUUUAAUGAAAGGUUUAUUCUCUCUCUGGCCUCUUGUAAGAAGUGUCUCGUCAUUGAUGACCAGCUCAACAUCCUGCCCAUCUCCUCCCACAUUGCCACCAUUGAGGCCCUGCCUCCGCAGACUCCGGAUGAGAGUCUUGGUCCUUCUGAUCUGGAGCUGAAGGAGUUGAAGGAGAGCUUACAGGACACCCAGCCUGUGGGUGUAUUGGUGGACUGCUGUAAGACCCUCGACCAGGCCAAAGCUGUCUUGAAAUUUAUCGAGGGCAUCUCUGAAAAGACCCUGAGGAGUACUGUUGCACUCACAGCUGCCCGAGGACGGGGAAAAUCUGCAGCCCUGGGAUUGGCUAUUGCUGGGGCGGUGGCAUUUGGGUACUCCAAUAUCUUUGUUACCUCCCCAAGCCCUGAUAACCUCCAUACUCUGUUUGAAUUUGUAUUUAAAGGAUUUGAUGCUUUGCAAUAUCAGGAACAUCUGGAUUAUGAGAUUAUCCAGUCUCUAAAUCCUGAAUUUAACAAAGCAGUGAUCAGAGUGAACGUAUUUCGAGAACACAGGCAGACUAUUCAGUAUAUACAUCCUGCAGAUGCUGUGAAAUUGGGCCAGGCUGAACUAGUUGUGAUUGAUGAAGCUGCCGCCAUCCCCCUUCCCUUGGUGAAAAGCCUACUUGGCCCCUACCUUGUUUUCAUGGCAUCCACCAUCAAUGGCUAUGAGGGCACUGGCCGGUCACUGUCCCUUAAGCUAAUUCAGCAGCUCCGUCAACAGAGCGCCCAGAGCCAGGUCAGCACCACCGCUGAGAAUAAGACUACAACGACAGCCAGAUUGGCAUCAGCGCGGACAUUGCAUGAGGUUUCCCUCCAGGAAUCAAUCCGAUACGCCCCUGGGGACGCAGUGGAGAAGUGGCUGAACGACUUGCUGUGCCUGGAUUGCCUCAACAUCACUCGGAUAGUCUCGGGCUGCCCCUUGCCUGAAGCUUGUGAACUCUACUAUGUUAACAGAGAUACCCUGUUCUGCUACCACAAGGCCUCUGAAGUUUUCCUCCAACGGCUUAUGGCCCUCUAUGUGGCUUCUCACUACAAGAACUCUCCCAAUGAUCUACAGAUGCUCUCUGAUGCCCCUGCUCACCAUCUCUUCUGCCUUCUGCCUCCCGUGCCCCCCACCCAGAAUGCCCUUCCAGAAGUGCUUGCCGUUAUCCAGGUGUGCCUUGAAGGGGAGAUUUCUCGCCAAUCCAUCUUGAACAGCCUGUCUCGAGGCAAGAAGGCUUCAGGGGACCUGAUUCCAUGGACAGUGUCGGAACAGUUCCAAGAUCCAGACUUUGGUGGUCUUUCUGGUGGAAGGGUGGUUCGCAUUGCUGUUCACCCGGAUUAUCAAGGGAUGGGCUAUGGCAGCCGUGCUCUGCAGCUGCUACAGAUGUACUAUGAAGGCAGGUUUCCCUGUCUGGAGGAAAAGGUCCUUGAGACGCCACAGGAAAUUCACACCGUAAGCAGUGAGGCCGUUAGCUUGUUGGAAGAGGUCAUCACUCCCCGGAAGGACCUGCCUCCUUUACUCCUCAAAUUGAAUGAGAGGCCUGCUGAGUGCUUGGAUUACCUGGGUGUUUCCUACGGCUUGACCCCCAGGUUACUCAAGUUCUGGAAACGAGCUGGAUUUGUUCCUGUUUAUCUUAGACAGACCCCGAAUGACCUGACCGGAGAGCACUCAUGCAUCAUGCUCAAGACGCUCACUGAUGAGGACGAGGCUGACCAGGGAGUCUGGCUUGCAGCCUUUUGGAAAGAUUUCCGGCGGCGGUUCCUAGCCUUGCUCUCCUACCAGUUCAGCACCUUCUCUCCUUCCCUGGCGCUGAACAUCAUUCAGAACAGAAACGUGGGGAAGCCAGCGCAGCCAGCGCUGAGCCGGGAGGAGCUGGAAGCACUCUUCCUCCCCUAUGACCUGAAGCGGCUGGAGAUGUAUUCACGGAACAUGGUGGACUAUCACCUCAUCAUGGACAUGAUCCCGGCCAUCUCCCGCAUGUACUUCCUGAACCAGCUAGGGGACCUGGCUCUGUCCGCGGCCCAGUCGGCUCUUCUCUUGGGGAUUGGCCUGCAGCAUAAGUCCGUGGACCAGUUGGAAAAGGAGAUUGAGCUGCCCUCAGGCCAGUUGAUGGGACUUUUCAACCGGAUCAUCCGCAAAGUUGUGAAGCUAUUUAAUGAAGUUCAGGAAAAGGCCAUUGAGGAGCAGAUGGUGGCAGUGAAGGAUGUGGUCCUGGAGCCCACGUUGAAGACCCUCAGUGACGACCUGGAUGAAGCAGCAAAGGAAUUUCAGGAGAAACAUAAGAAGGAAGUGGGGAAGCUGAAGAGCAUGGACCUCUCCGAAUACAUAAUCCGUGGGGACGAUGAAGAGUGGAAUGAAGUUCUGAACAAAGCUGGGCCGAACGCCUCGAUCAUCAGCCUGAAAAGUGACAAGAAAAGGAAGUUAGAAGCCAAACAAGAACCCAAGCAGAGCAAGAAGUUGAAGACAGACAGAGAUACAAAGAACAAAAAAGAUAUGAAACUGAAGCGGAAAAAAUGAAGAGAAACUUGGGCGUCAGUGCUUGACCACGGGAAGGUAGUCUCACUUCCUGAGCCCUCUCUGGCUGGACUGAAGUUGGCCUUGGACUGAAUUCAGCCUUGGGCUUGUGUCAGACUGUGCCCUCAACCUGGCUGAAGGCAGAUUCUCUCCCGAAUGGGUCUGCUCAGAACUUGGUGGCUGGAUACUGCCACGUCUGGCAUUGCCAGGAGUCUCUCUUGCCCCUUCCCCCUCCCCAGUUCCGGGUCCUCCUUUCCCAUAAGUUCAUACUUGGCUUAGUGCCAGCUUUUUUAGGCUCCUUCCCACACAUGUGGAAGCCACGUUGCCUGUCAUCCCUCUGAGGCCCUUAAGUAUAUUGCUUUCUGGUGGUGCCCAGGGGGCUGCUGCUGGGCCACUGGGUCUCUCUUUGCGGACUUGUGCAAACACCCGGAGGCCUGGAGCAGGAGGAACUCCAGUCCGACCCGGCGUCCGUGGCAGCCCGUGGUUAGGUGUGCGGGGAUUUGCUGAUGUCGUCUUGCGCUCAUCCAUUCUUGGCUCCAGCAGAGCUGCUGCCCCACUGUCCCAGAAAAGCCUGAGGCUGUAGUUUAGGUAGGAUGCCACAUCUGUGUCCUCAAGACCUGUCAUCUCAUCCAUUUGGGAAAAGACGUUGGGAAAGGCCAUUUUGCUAGCAGGGGUGAGGGGAGGGAUAAUCUAUUUUUAAUAAAUAACAUCCUAGAAAGA